AUAACUCAGCUGAACCCAGGCCAGCGCAUAAGAUAAAAAGAACACUAACCACCAACAGUGGUUGAUUCACGUUGAAGGAUAUCCCAAAGCCUGUGUUUAGCCGUUGGAUAAAACGGUAAGUAACUAAAAUAAUCAAAAUUGUGAGAGAUUUUUUGUGAUAUUUUUGGAAGGAUUUUAUACUUUGUUUAUCGAAUCUAAGCGGUGCGGUGACCUGAGGCUCUUGUAAUCGGCGGUGAGACUUCAAACUUCAACGACAAGUCAUCGUGUUAAGAUGAAGGGACUCUUCAAAUCUAAGCCGCGAACUCCUGUUGAUAUCGUGCGGCAAACGCGCGAUCUCCUCAUCUAUGCUGGCCGUUCAUCCGACAGUCGUGAAGCCAAGCGGGAAGAGAAGAUGGCGGAGUUAUUUAAAAAUAUAAGGGAGUUGAAGUGUAUUCUUUACGGAAAUAGUGAAUCUGAGCCGGUUUCAGAAGCUUGUGCACAACUGACUCACGAGUUCUUCAGAGAGAACACGCUACGACUCUUGAUCACUUGUCUUCCUAAAUUGAACUUAGAGGCGAGGAAAGAUGCAACUCAAGUUGUUGCAAAUUUGCAAAGGCAACAAGUGAAUUCACGGUUGAUUGCUUCUGAUUACUUGGAGGCAAACCUUGAUCUUAUGGAUAUUUUAAUAGCAGGUUAUGAGAACACAGACAUGGCUUUACAUUACGGUGCAAUGUUGAGAGAAUGCAUUCGGCAUCAGACUGUUGCAAGGUAUGUUUUGGAGUCGCAGCACAUGAAGAAAUUUUUUGACUAUAUACAACUUCCAAAUUUCGACAUUGCUGCUGAUGCUGCUGCAACUUUUAAGGAGCUCUUGACAAGGCAUAAGUCCACUGUGGCUGAAUUUCUUUCGAAGAACUAUGACUGGUUCUUUGCAGAAUAUAACUCAAAGUUGCUGGAAUCUACCAACUAUAUUACGAGAAGACAAGCUGUCAAGUUGUUGGGAGAUAUCUUGUUGGACCGGUCUAAUUCAGCUGUCAUGACCAGAUAUGUUAGCUCAAGGGAUAAUUUAAGGAUUCUUAUGAAUCUUCUAAGGGAAUCAAGCAAGAGUAUCCAAAUAGAAGCUUUUCAUGUUUUCAAGUUGUUUGCCGCGAACCAGAACAAACCUGCAGACAUUGUUAGCAUACUGGUUGCAAAUAAAAGCAAGCUUCUACGUUUGUUUGCAGAUUUCAAGACCGAUAAAGAGGAUGAACAAUUCGAGGCAGACAAGGCUCAAGUUGUGAAAGAAAUCGCUUCCCUCGAGCUUAGAGACCGGCUAGAGUGAGCCUGUAUGUAUCCUUUAGUCUAAUCUCCUUUUUUUUUUUUUUAUGUUGGUUAAAAAUAAAUGUUAUUAAACACAAAUUGACUGAACCAAAUAGAUACCUCAUAGUCGUAGUCGUAGUCCUUUCAGAAGGGCAUGGAAUAUGUAAAAACGAAAGGCUCUUCGUUUCUGUUUCUGUUUCUCCUUCUUAGAAUCUCUAGUUUUAUCAUCUAUAAUUCGCAGUGUGUGGACGAUAAAGAAGAAAAGGUAGGGGUGAACAUAAAAUAAUUUGCUUGUAUGAGAAUGAGAUGAAUUCAAUCAGUUGAGAUACUUGGAUUGAUUCACCUCUACAUUGUGGUUCCCCCAAUGCUUGUUUAUAGUUGUUAUGCUUAUGCUUUUAAAGUUUAAACUUCAAUGCAAUCUUGUAAAUAAAGGCUAA